UCAUUUGGCUCGUUCAGUUGCCCAACACAAGAGUUUAGCGCGCUUGCCGGUCCACUCAGUGCGUCUCGAUCGACGGCGGCAGGCGCACGUCUAAGUUCAAAAUAACUUGAACUUUCGCAAUAACUUUUAAACUUUUAAGUGCGAGGACGACCGGUUAAAAAAUGACGGCAGCCACUUUAGUUCAGCCCACGGGUGAACUGUGGAAGAAGACCAGAAUCGAGCUGAAUGAAGAUCAGAACACGAAGGACCGCGAUCUCGAUAUCAUCAAGGAGUGGCUGAGAAAGCAGCCGCAUCUGCCGGAUGAGUUUGACGAGCAAUGCCUACGUAACUUCCUCCGCGGCUGCAGCUACUCCCUUGAGAAGACCAAGCGCAAGCUGGACAUGUACUUCACCAUGCGUGCCGCGUGCCCCGAGUACUUCUGCAACCGCGACAUGAGCCGGCCGGAGUUGAUCGAUCUGGCUAACAGAGCUCAAGGCCCACCGCUGCCAGGCCUAACCCCGAACGGUCGUCGUGUCACUAUCUGCAGAGGAAUAGACAAGAACGUUGACACCCAUCAGCUGAUCGACGCGUUCAAAAUGGCGAUGAUGAUCGGCGACGUACGACUGAAAGAGGAGAUAGAGGGAGUUGGAGGAGAUGUUUACAUUCUAGACGCUUCCAUCGUGGCCCCAAGCCACUUGGCAAAGAUUUCACCCACCGCUGUGAAAAAGUUCUUAAUUUGUGUGCAGGAAGCCUACCCAGUGAAGCUGAAAGAAGUGCACGUAGUGAACGCGUCGCCACUCAUCGACAAAAUCAUCAACUUCGUGAAGCCUUUCCUCAAAGAGAAAAUCAGGAAACGGAUCUUCUGCCACACCGACCUGUCGACUUUGUACGAACACGUCCCACAGGAGAUGCUCCCGGAAGAGUAUGGUGGCAACGGAGGAUCCCUUGCCGAUAUUAACAAAGCAUGGCAGGCGAAGCUGACCGAAUAUACGCCCUGGUUCAAGGCCCAGGAGUCAGUGAAGGCCAACGAAGCACUCCGGCCGGGACGGCCCACCAACUACGACGAGCUGUUUGGCAUCGAUGGCUCUUUUCGACAGCUCUCUAUAGACUAGAUGUGUUCACGUCUGGACGCAGUUUGGCGUAAAGAAAUUACUUUAAGGACUUUCUCAUUCAAGUGGUGGCGUAACGCCAAAAAAGUAUUGACCUUUUUAACCAGUGAUUGGAAAUAUUUUGUGGAAUCAAAACUUUUAAAUUUUACAAAAGACGAAAAAUGCACGUGCUAUAAUAAUGAUGCAAGCGUUCAAAUGUGGCUUCACUAGGUCUAGCUCAGGUGCAGCGCGACAGUAUCUCAUCUGCGAGAUAGAUUACCACUCUUAUUAUCUCGAUAUCAAUUAGAGAGGAACGGGUAGUCUCUCUCGCGGAAAUACUGUCGCGCCGCUCCUUAGGCCUACAGCAGCAAAGAAUAGAUACCAUACACCAUAGAAUUUGAGACGAGUACCGCCGUGGCCACCCGGUCUAGUGGUCAGGAUGUUAGCCGCGUAAACUGAAGAUUCCAUUUCGAUUCCCGCCUCGGCCACCGGUGGAGUUGGUCACUUUUUCUUUAGUGUAUGAUAUCUAUAUUUCAGUUUAUAGCAGUAAAGUUCCUUAAAACACAAGCUAAAUACAUAUAAUAUGGCUUGCAUCUUUACUAAAAUACUUCUUUAAACUGAGUACUAAAUUGUGACGUAUGCAUAGCUCACUGUGGCGAUCUUUUUAGGGCUUUGUAAUUGAUUUAAGACUGUAAUUUUAAGAUAAACAGAAGGAUAUUUUGAACUUAAGUCCGUUGUCUUAAAUAGUUUUUUUAGUUGCUUAUAUUGAAUACCUUUUUUACAGUGGCUUAGGGAAAUUAUGUGUUUAAAAAGUGUUACAUUUAUGUUUUUUAUUUGUAUUUCGUGAUAUUAAUGUUGUAAGGGCUAUUUUCUUUAUAUCCUUAUUUUACGUCUAUUGCGUAUAUUGAAGUGGGUAAAAUAAGGUUACCGUUUACUUUAAUAUCAUCCUUAUAGCUACCCUACUUAUUUUUAGGUUUACUCUUUCAGUUUUAUAAUAAAUAUCGAUUAAAUAUAAA